AACCAAAAUUCGCAUCCACCAGUUUUUUUUUUAAAGACGUGUCGGGACUUCGGCGGUGGCCAAAACCCAAUUUUGCUUCCACCAGGGUUUUCACCUCCGCUCCCUAGUUUCAGGUGCCUUAAUCUGACUCCAUGGCGGCGGCGCUCGCCUUGACGGACGAGGUGGCGGUUCCGAUCCGGGCGGUGGGGGAUCUGGCCGCAGCCGCCGAUGUCUCGCGCGAGGAGGUGGCCGUCAUCACUCAGUGCGCUUCGCUCGGUGGGAAGUUGCCUUUUGACGAUGGUUCAGUUGGCGCUGUUCUUGCUGUUGUAAAGAAUGUGGAAAGCUUGAGGGAACAGUUGGUUGCUGAAAUUAGCCGGGUUCUGAAAGCUGGCGGAAGAGUACUGGUUCAGAGCUCUGCACCUUCCUCCAGUCAGAAGCCAAACACUGAUAUUGAAUGCAAGUUACUGAUGGGGGGAUUUGUUGAAGUGCAAGCUUCCGCUGCAAGCUCACAAGAUAAUGUGCAAUCUAUUGUUGUGAGUGAAGGCGAGCUGGCCUGGAGCAUGGGUUCUUCUUUCCCCCUUAAGAAAGGAACAAAGGCCCUUCCUAAGAUUCAAACUGAUGAUGACUCGGAACUUAUUGAUGAAGACAGCCUCUUGACUGAGGAGGACCUGAAGAAACCACAACUUCCAGUUGUUGGGGAUUGUGAAGUGGGGGCAUCAAGGAAGGCAUGCAAGAACUGUACUUGUGGCCGAGCUGAGGCUGAGGCAAAGGUAGAGAAGCUAGAGCUCACUGCCGAGCAGAUCAAUAAUCCUCAGUCAUCUUGUGGCAGUUGUGGGUUGGGUGAUGCGUUCCGGUGCGGCACCUGUCCGUACAGAGGUCUGCCCCCAUUCAAGCCUGGCGAGAAGGUUUCCUUGUCUGACAACUUCCUUGCCGCAGACAUAUGAUGGUAUCAGAUACAACUAUGCAAGUGAACGUCGGCAAGAGCAGGACAGAAAGCUUACCUUUAUCAAUUUGUCCGCUUGUUUGGACGUCGCGUUGGUGGUUAAUUGGUGAUUAUCACUGGAAGAACAAAUGAAUUUGACGUUGCCGUGUUGACCUAUGUGCGCGUGUGGCAGAUUGAGCAAUGCGCGUCACGGAUGAUAUACAUAACUGAGGCGGGCAACAUAUAUAAUUUGUUUGACCUGAA